GUAAUAACUAUAAUUUUUUUUUUUUUAAAUAAACUUCAUUUCGAAAUAAAACGCUUUAGACAAAUGAAUAAACAAAAUACGAAAUCAUACUGUCGCAAAUUUGGCAUUAAUGAGCUUCAAAAGCGUCUUGAGAAAAUCGGAGGAUUAAACCAAGCGUUCAUGGCUAAUACUCCUGAAGAAGCAGGUCUACAUUACGGAUAUAAUGAUCAUUCCAAUAGUAAUCCGUACAUCAAUCAAUUGUACGCCGAAGCCAUAGAUGUGAGUGUAUUUUCGCCAGUUUAUAGCAGCAUGGAUUUCAUAGUAGAUAGCAGAAACUUGAUCAAAAAGAUUUCAUUUUCAGGUAUAUUCAUACCCGCUUCGGAUUGCGUGCUUGAAGGUGAUGAAGAAAUUCUUGGUUUGUCAAAGCUCUGUUCAUCCUGCAAAGGAGUUUACUUACUCGGCAAAAAUUGUUUCCCUAGAUUUUUAAACUCUGUUAUUUGCGGGGCAAAGAAUGCUUUAUGUAUUUUCGAUAGUUUAACUAAACGAGGUCAUGGUGAAUGCAAAUCAAAAACACUUAAUUUCAAAGUGCUUCAGAACAUUGGUACGGAAGAAUGCCAAAAAUGGAAUGUUAGAUUCAUUGAAAUCCCUGUAACAUGUGAAUGCUAUUUAAAACAACAAUCACCGCUGCUAAAAGCCUCUCGGAAUGAACUAAAAUAA